GGUUUUAAUUUUUGUUAUAAAAUACAAUAGAAAAAGGCAAAAGGCUUGUGGAGUGGAGGUUGUCAAUGGCUCAAUGCAAAGAGUAAGUAAAGAAAGGCGGAAGGAGUCCCAAGCCUUUGGGUGUAUGGCUAGGGCUGAAUAAAAUAGGAGUGAGAUCCGAAUCAAUAAAUAUGAAUUCUGGUUGCUUCACAACUUUAUCUCCCUUCUCCCUCUCUCUGUCUACCCACUUGCAGAAGAGGACACCUUAAGAGCGGGUUCCAUUUAUGUCUUUUCGCUCUCCUAACCCUCUGUUUCAUCUUCCUCACAGCUCUUAUGUUUUGGUUGAUCCAGGUUUCGUCUUCCAAGGAAUUUCCCCAAAAGGAUAUCUUCUUUGCUUGCUCUUGUUCCGUUAGGUGAAACAUAAAUUUGGAGAAGAGAGAUUGGAUCAUUGGUCCAUCUUUGAAUCAUCGAUUUGUUGAGGGUAACCAAUUUUUGUUUUUAUUUUUUUUUGAGAUCGGAUCGGUGCGUCUUGAUGGCGUCAUCUGUUCUUUCCAACUCCGAUCGCAUGCGGGAGUCUUCAAGGAAGCAAAAGAAGAAGAAAAACCACGGCAACAGAGACCGUCAUCAAAACCAGAACCAUAUUAACUGGAAAUCUCAAGCUCAGAAAGAAAUUUACUCGUCUAAGCUGGUACGAGCGUUGAAUCAAGUGAGGCUCAGUCCUUCGAAUGAGGCGCCCCGCCGUGGUAGAGCCGUACGCGAGGCCGCCGACAGAAUCCUUGCCGUCGCCGCCAAGGGGAGAACCAGGUGGAGCCGAGCCAUUCUAACGAACAGGUUGAAGCUCAAGUUCAGGAAGCCGAAGAAACAGAGAGCAUCCACCGCUGGAAUCAACCGCCCAAAGAAACCUAGAGUCAGCGUAUUGCGGUUGAAAGGAAAAACGUUGCCGGCGGUGCAAAGGAAAGUUAGGGUUCUUGGACGGCUAGUUCCCGGUUGCCGGAAAGAACCUUUGCCGGUUAUCCUAGAAGAGGCCACCGAUUACAUAGCUGCACUUGAAAUGCAAGUUCGAGCUAUGACUGCCCUCGCCGAGUUGCUCUCGGCCUCAACUUCUGUUGCAGGCUCUAGCUCCGCUCCUCCAAGCUGAUGCCUCGCUUUUCCACCGGUGUUUUUCUUCGCCCCCCACCCCACCCAUUUCUCUGCUUCUCGUAUCUUUGCUUUCCUUGCCCUUACGCAAGUGAAGUAAUUGUCUGUUAAAUAUGGUUGCUGCUGUUUUCUUCUCCUUCCCCUUCAUAUUCUUUUUUUCCCCUCUUUACUCUUCUCCUCUUGAAUAACUUCUUUGGAAUCCUAUUCCCGACAAGAAGAAAAUGGAAAAGGAACUUGGAAUCCGUACAUAUUAUGUGCUGUAGCCCUCGGCCUCGGUUUGUCUGCUGUUUUGCAAUUACUUUGUGGAUUCAUUAACCCUCUUAACAGCACUCUUGAUUCUGCAAA